AUGACGGAGCCCAAAAAACGACGAAUAGAGGAGGAGAAUGUGAGUUUUUUUGGAAUUUUUUAUUAAAACUAGAUCUUUGGGCCUAGAUUUUGAUGAGUUAGGCAAAAUUUUUUCAAUUUUUCCGAAAUCCCUCCCCAAAAAACUCACCAAUCGCUUCUAUUUCUCAAAUCCCAAUCAAAAUCCGAAAUCGUCCAAAUUUUCCACAUUGAAUGCCGAUUGUCCAUCAAUAUUUCGAGCUGAAAAUCGGAAAAUUUGAAUUUUUUGAGUUCUGCUAACUCCAUUUCUGUUUCUACCAGAUUUUUGAGGGCUUUCUGGGUCUCACAACAAUUUUCCAGCUAUAAACCCACUUUUCUUCGAUAAUCCUUGGAUUUUCCUAUGGAAGCGAUGAUUCCAGCCUUGUAGAACAUCUAAAAAUUCAAUUUUUGACUGAAAUUCACUUAUUUUCCCCCGGAAACCUGAAAACCCGGCGAAAAAAAAAGAAAUAUGCUCGUGUUGCGCUAAACAGCGGGCAAGCCGGAGUGUCGUUGUAAAAACCGCCAGUGAUUUCGUUUUUUUAUAAGAGAGAGAUUGAUGAUUUCAGGUUUCCCUCGAAAAAAAUGCACCAAAAACAACUGGUUGGUUCGAUAUGCGAUAUUUGAAUGAAAUUUUGGAAAAAUAUCAGAAAACUAUUGUAUCUUUUGCAUUGGAAGAUGAAGAUUUUCCAAAAAGAGGUUUUAAUUUGAAAAUGUUGGAAAACCUAAGUGAUAUCGAAGAUAAAACUGACAAAGAUCUUGGAUUAUUCGACGCUUCACAAAUUAUUGGAUGUUGGCAGCUGAAAAUACCAAGCUGACUUAUCAACAAGUUCUUGAACUUGAUCCAUGGUUUGGUACAAUUCGCUGUGAUGAAUUCAAUCAAUCUAAACUAUUGGAAUAUAUCGAUUUGUUUAGACAAGGCAAAAUUCGACAAUCAUUGGGAGUUCUUACGGUUUAUACAAGAAAUUUGAGCGAUCGAAUUGAUAUUGAUGAAAUUGUGGAAUUUGUGGGUUGUACAGAUGUUGACAUUGAACAUUUCGGGUAUUUUUUUCUCGAUUUUUUUCAGAAGAUCCGUCAUUUUUUUUCAGAUGGACCCAGUUUUUCGUCAGAAUGAAUCUUGCCAAUCGAAAAGUUCUUGUUGAAUUCAAUUUUUAUCCCCAUCAUUUUUCAAUCGAUCCCUAUCCAUAA